CGGAUUCUGUGGCCGGGUAUUUGCUUCAACCCGAUCCAUGUUGUUUCUUUCCUACACAGAUACAGAAGCGAGUUUCUCCUGGCAGCUGUCUGCGAUUCCCAGUGUGCGUGUGUGUGUGUGUGUGUAUUAACACAGAGAAGAAGAUGGCUGAUUUUGGGGACGAUACCGGAGCCCGGGCCCUGCUGGCUCUCAAAUCUGCGCCGUGCAGCCCCAUUCGCGUAGCGGCCGCACCCGUAUACCCUCUCCUCUCAAAUUCGGCCGGCAUGCCCCUCUCGCCUCCUCUGCGGGCCCUGGCGCGGCUAGAAGGCCGGGACUUCGAGUUUGUUAUGCGGCAGCGGACGGUGACUGUGGGUCGAAACUCGUCACACGGCUCUGUGGACGUGAACAUGGGGCAUUCGAGCUUCAUCUCACGGCGGCACUUACAGAUUGCGUUUGACGAGCCGUAUUUUUACCUACGCUGUCUUGGCAAGAACGGCGUGUUUGUGGACGGAGGGUUCCAGAGGAGAGGGGCUCCUCCACUCCAGCUACCCCGAGAGUGUACUUUUCGAUUCCCCAGCACUGUCAUUAAGAUCCAGUUCACCACGCUGUAUCACAGAGUGGAAGUGAAAGAGGAGGCGCCCUUGUCCCCUGUGCGACCCCUCUUCCCCCAGAUCUCUCCUCUGAAAAUCAACAUUCCCGAUCCGGACUUCAGGAGCAUGAUCAGCCCUUUGCCUUCCCCAACUGGCACCAUCAGUGUUCCUAAUUCCUGCCCGGUCAGCCCGCGGGGUGCUGGAUCUUCAGGAUAUCGGUUCGGACGCAAUAUUACCUCAGACUUGCAGCUGGCUGCAGAAUUCGCUGCAAAGGCUGUGUCAGAACAGCAGGCUGAGACAUCGGGAGGUGACAGCCCCAAGGACGAUUCGAAGCCUCCUUACUCAUACGCGCAGCUCAUCGUUCAAGCGAUCUCGUCAGCUCCAGACAGACAGUUAACACUAAGUGGGAUCUAUGCCCACAUCACCAAACAUUACCCCUAUUACAGGACUGCUGAUAAAGGCUGGCAGAACUCCAUCCGGCACAACCUGUCUCUGAACCGCUACUUCAUCAAAGUGGCGCGGUCCCAGGAGGAGCCGGGGAAAGGGUCCUUCUGGAGGAUCGACCCCUCUUCUGAGGCCAAACUGGUGGAGCAAGCCUUCCGCAAGCGGCGGCAGAGAGGCGUGUCCUGCUUCCGCACCCCCUUCGGCCCCCUCUCCUCCAGGAGCGCACCUGCCUCGCCGACUCACCCCGGCCUCCUCUCGCCUCACUCCAGUGGCCUGCAGACUCCAGAGUGCCUGUCUCGAGAAGGCUCUCCCAUCCCCCAUGACCACGACUUUGGGUCCAAGCUGGCCUCUGUCCCCGAGUACCGGUAUUCCCAGAGCGCUCCAGGCUCCCCGGUGAGUGCCCAGCCAGUCAUCAUGGCAGUUCCUCCCCAGCCUUCCACUGUAGUAAGCAAGCCUUUGACCUACAUGCCUGCCUCCUUGAUAACUUCCCAGCGGCCAUCAGGCCAUGCCAUUCAUGUUGUUCAGCAAGCACCGACGGUGACUAUGGUCCGAGUGGUGACCACUUCAGCCGGCUCCUCCAAUGGAUACAUCCUAGCCAAUGCAAACCCUGCUGGCUCCUUGCAGGGAGGAGGAGAGAAUGUAGGGGAUGCGAAAGGCUUGGCCGAUGAGAGACCUGUGGUGACUUACACAACGAUUCCAACUGCCAGCCGGGUGAUCCAGGCAGUCAGCAGCCACAUGAGCCAGGGCUCUGGGGGACAGACGUUCACCUUCGUCCAGCAGGCAGCGCCCAUCUCCCUGGGCCAGCACCAGCUCCCUGUGCGAGCGAUCACACAGAACGGGAAGCACGCAUUCCCCAUGACCAGCGUUGCUGGAAAUGCGUACGCCAUCACAAAUCCACUUCAGAUUUUAGCUACCCAGGCCAGCACCUCCACCCCUGUCAUGGUGAGCAAGCCCCCCAGUGCAGAGGCUGAGCAGCCUGCUUCUUCCUUAGGCGAGCCUGAGGCUAAGAGGCCCAGGAACGAGGAUGGCAGUGGGGCACCUGUUCCUCGGCCUGUUAUCAUGGCAGUGGCACCCCAGCCGCAGGAUGACCAUGAAUAAGGAAGCACAUGCCCCGAAUGAAUGGAAAAGAUCUUUUAGUUUGUUCCACCAUUACAGAAAACCCAGAGUGCCAAACAAAUGGAGAAAAAAAAUGAUGUCUCUUUUCGUGAACCAGCAAUUGAAAUAGACAGCUGAUUGUAUUCUUAUCUGGCUGGGGGGGGGGGGGGGGGGGGUAAAUGUAACCAGGUCUGAGCUUAAAACAGUGGAUAUAUCCUACAAGCCUUAAAGUAGGGACAAGGUGGGGUUCCACAAUUUUGAUUCCAGCUUUAAAUAGGCAGUCCACUGGGGUGGGUGGAUCUUAUUACUGUAAGUUCUCAAAGUAAGAGCAUUAAUGAAGCAAUUAAAAGAAGCCCUUUGUAUAGUAAAGUGAAAUGUAUUUUUGGGUCAGGGUGGGACCAAAAAAAUACGCAGCUGUCUUUCUUAUCAAAAGACGUCAAGUCGGUUUUCAUGAAUACAAGCAUUAUCUUUUUUUAUGUGGCAGGGAUAUGUGGGGGGGGGGGG